UGAGGUUAGGAGAGGACAGUAAAGUACAGGGAGGAGAGAGGGGUACGGGAUCGGCAAAUGACUACGAACCGGGAAUCAAACUCCGGUCGCCGAAAGUGCAUAAGCCCACUACACCAUCGGCUCAGACCUAUCAUCUUGUUUUGUGUGGGAUUCUGGCGGUUUCUGGCAUUACAAGCUUUUGUUGACCGUAGCAAGUUGGCAUAGUAAGGUUAGGGUUAGUUGACUGCAUCAUGCCGGAAGAGCCGCAGGCGCAUCUCAAGACGUUCUGCAAUCCAUUCCACUCCCUCUUGUAUGCCAGGUUUUUUUAAAGUGCACCUGUUUCAUUGCUAAUAAAACAACGUUAUUUAGUGUAUUUGGUUUAAUGCAGUGUGUUUGCGUGGUUUAUGGUUAAAAAGAAACAUUAUUUUCCACAUACCGUACAUUUUGUAGCUCCAGAUUUCCCUUUCUUCCUGAAACGCACUGAUUUGAAAAGCUCUGUUUCUCUGAUUGGCCAGCUAAUCUGUACAUUGUGAUUGGCCUAAAUACCUCUAAUGUCAGUCGGAAACGUGACGCUCCUUACUAUAUUUGAAAGAUUCGGUUGCUAACAGGAGUUAACUUACAGGCUGUGAGUCUGAAGCGGGAGGAAUUAUGAUAAUGUCGGUCUUGUUUACAUCACCAAUCCCAGGAAGUAAACUGUUGCCUACAAUCCGUGUGUUUGUUGUAGUCCAAGAAAAGAGAUUAACGUUGGAGACGAUAACUCGCAUCAUGGUUUACUUUGGGGUUUGUACCUUUUGCAUAUCAUUAACAUGAACUAAUACACACUUAAGGGCGAUUUAUAGUCGUGCGUAGGUCUAUCCGUAGCCUGUGCGUAGCUCUGCGUAGCCUGACGCGCCCCUCAUAAAAUUUCUAACAGCGUGUCGGCUCUACGCGGACGGCGACGCACAAGUAUAAAUGAAAACCGACGCGGAACCUACGCCGUUGCUACUACGCCGUAGGACCUACGCAUGACUAUAAAUCGCCCUUAACUUACACACCAAAGGAAAUUUAAAAACAUUAACCGGACCAUAGGUGCUCCUUAAUAAUAUUUACUGUGUUUGAAAAAAACCUGGUACACUGUUUGAUAACCUAAAUCACCCAGCACUAUGUCACCGAGCAGUUUUCAGUGUUUGUCUUGUAUAGAGAUUAUAUUGAGACAUUUAUGUUACGCAGAGGUGUAUUUCAAUGAGGGUUAGGGCAGGUUUCUUCUAUUUUCACCGCAUGACAACUCCCUUACAAAGUGUGGAUGAUUGAAGCUGCAUUGGCCUCGUGUUAAAUCCCCUCAGCACAGUCAUUUAACAAGCGAUAGAGAGGUAAUUCUGGAUGAAUUUCAGAAGCUGCCCUCAAACGCUUCUCUCGCCAUCAAACUCGACCCUCAAUGGUUAAGGGCCUCCCAAAUACGAAGGCGUUAUAUAUGAGUUCUCACUGAUGGGCUGAUGUGUGGUUUUGUAGGGGCCGGUAUCUCUCUGCCCCACCACAAUGACCUUGUGCUGAUUGGCCUGUGUCUGGUCUGAGCGUUUAUCUUUCUCCCUCUGCACUCUGAGUAUCGAUGCGGCAGCAUCAAGUCCCAACGUGCCGUGCCCAGGGUGCCACCAGCCCCUCCCCUCCCCGAGCGACGCUGCACACUCACGGCCUAAGAUCCAUCUCUUCUCCCGGAUGGAGACGUUCUUCCGUUACUCCUCGUGUUACCACAUUUCCGUGUCCCGGGUGCCAGCAUGACAUCGAUCUUGGGGAACGAGGGAUCAGCAUGCUCUUCCGCAACUUCACACUUGAGAGCAUCGUGGAGCGCUACAGACAGGCGGCCCGUGCGGCGGUGGCCAUCAUGUGCAACAUGUGUAAACCACCAGUUCAAGAGGCCACCAAAAGCUGCAUGGACUGCAAGGCCAGCUACUGCAAUGAAUGCUUCAAGAUGCACCACCCUUGGGGAACGCCUAAAGCCCAGCACGAGUACGUGGGGCCCACCGCCAACUUCAGACCAAAGGUGUUAAUGUGCCCUGAACACGAGAUGGAGAAAGUCAACAUGUACUGCGAGGUGUGUCGACGACCGGUGUGUCACCUCUGCAAGCUGGGCGGAUCUCACGCUAAUCACAAAGUGACUUCCAUGAGCAGUGCCUACAAGAUCCUUAAGGAGAAGCUGUCGAAGAGUAUCCAUUACUUAAUAAGCAAAGAGGACCAAGUGAGGGUUCAGAUUUCUGAGCUGGAGGUGUUGAUUCAUCAAACUGAGGAAAGCGGACAGCUCGCAGAGCGACGCGCCAACGAAUGCUUCGAACGACUCUUUGAGAUCCUUCAAGAAAGAAAAAGCGAGAUGUUGCGUUCCAUCGAGCAGUCGAGGACCCUGCGCGUGGAGCGUCUGCGUGCUCAGGUGGAGGGCUAUCAGGGGAUGCUUGAGAACAGCGGUUUGGUGGGCUACGCACAGGAAGUUCUCAAGGAGACCGAUCAGUCCUGCUUCGUGCAGACGGCUAAACAGCUUCACGUCAGGAUUCAGAAAGCCACAGAGUCACUGAGGACGUUCCAGCCGGCGGCGAACCCAUCGUUUCAGGAGUUUCUGCUGGACGCGACCGGGGCAGAAAUCUCACUCAAGGAUCUCAGCUUUGGGGGUGUUCCUGACCCUCCCGUGAUCGAUCUGUCCCGUUCACGUGUUUACAAUGAAGGUCUGAUCCACUGGAGGCUGUCUGAAGACGCUGUGCCAUCAGACCGUUACGUUGUAGAGUUCAGAAGUUUGAGCCGUGAGGACGGAGAGCCGGACUCCUGGAGGACGUCUGAGCCCGUGUUUGGCAGCAGUACGGUCGUCUCCGAUCUCGACAGCGACUGUCGAUAUGUCUUCAGAGUGAAGGUCUGUCGUAAUGACGUCUUCAGCCCGUGCGGUCCUGAGGUGAUUUUUCACACCCCUCCAGCGCCAGUGUUUGGCUUUCUGUUUAACGAAAGAUGUGGAUUCAAUACUGAGCGACUGCAACUGAGCAAACCCAGGGAUUCGGUGGAGAGCGCAGCUGGAAUGACUUUACUUCUGGCUGCUGAACGCGUGCAGACAGGAAGUUACAUCUGCCUUGACUACAUCACUGGAGAUACCGGCAUCUCGCAUGGACGCCAUUACUGGGCUUUCCGUGUGGAUCCCAAUUCAUACAUGGUGAAAGUGGGAGUGGCAUCUGACUCCAAACUAACAGAGUGGUUUCAUAACCCCCGCGAAACCAGCAGUCCCCGGUACGAUCAUGACAGCGGCCAUGACAGCGGGAGCGAGGACACCUGCUUGGAGACGUCACAACCCUUCACUUUGCUCACUGUGGGCAUGGGAAGGAUUUUUAUUCCCAAAGCCUCAAUCACUGCUUCCUCAGGGGAUCAGGGCAACCGCGUCCUCCCCAUGCCACAGAGAAUUGGAGUUUGCCUGGACUACGAUGCUGGUCGUGUCUUUUUCUAUGAUGCUGACACCAUGCGGUGCCUGUUUGAGAGACAAGUGGAAUGUUCUGGUACCAUGUACCCGGCGUUCGGGCUCUUGGGCGGUGGGGCGAUUCAUCUGGAGGAGUUUAUCACGGCCAAGUGGUUGUCAUACAUGUGAAAGUGUGUUUCGGAUGCUGGUUUCAUGCUUCUAAAUAACAGCCAAUCGUUAUGCGGUCGGUGAGUCUGAUUUGUGAGCUGAGUUCAACUUAAGACCCACGUGCCUUCGACAACAUCAGCCACGUAUCCACACAACACAUCAUCAGGUCUUGUGAAAAAACGCAUGCAACGCAGGGGCACUUUAAUACACAGUCACGUAACGCAAAGCCUCACGUUGACACUUUCUGAAUCAUGUGCACGUACACCAUGUUUUAUUCUUUCAUAGUUUACAUUCAGUUAAAUGAUCUUAAAAACAAGGGUUUCAAAGUUUAACACCGUAUGACAAAUCACACCUGAACCUGAUAGUUGAGUUGUGCACUAUUUAACUUUCUCUUUCUUUCUUUCUUUCUUUUUUUUAUUAAUGUAGCAGCACCUGCAGCACUAAGCAUUAUUACACCGUUAAAUGUUUCAAACUCCUGUGUUCAAAAUUUGGUGCUCAGCGUAACCAAAAUCUGAUUUAUAUUAGGCAAGUUAUAACACCUUUACUAUGCACUGUCUUUGACAUGGCUGAUAUCUUGACUUACCUUUACUAAAAUGGCCUUACUGAAUAACUACAGACAGAUUACUGGCUAGAAAAAGAGUUUUAGUCAUUCAUUCAUAGUGGCAGGAAGUGGGUCUGCAGACAAAGCGUCUAUAGCUUUUAAGCUACCUCUUAUUUAAAUCUUUGAUUAAUCAAAAGUGUGUUGUGUUGUUGUACGGCACUACUAGACUUGUUUUAUUUUGAACUCCUUUGGAGAAAACCUGAUGCUGAUGCGGUUGAUUAUUGAAGAUCUGCAUCAUCUUCAAGCCAGAAGUCUCAUCGUUUCACAUCUGAAGCGCAGGUUUGAGUAACAUUUAAAGGGACACUACCCUUUUUUGAAAAUAUGCCCGUUUUCCAGCAAACUUUUUUAAAAAAAGAGGGAAUUUUCAAAAAAAGUGGAGUGUCCCUUUAAGGACACAUCAUACUACUGAUGAGUGCGGUAUACUGGACAUUUAUUUUCCUCUUGGUCAAUCUCAUGAAUUAUUUUUAGCAGUAAAAACAAUGUAAUCCUACAAAUGGACAUUUAUAAUUGUGUGGUCACACUAUGUUAUGUCUGUUUAUGAGCAACCCAUGACCACUUUAAAUAAUUAAGGUUAUACAUGUGUGAGAUCAUUUUAAAAAGUGAUGUAUAAUUAAUAUCUGUGUGUUGUUUCCAAAUCUCCUGCUGAACUGAGAUGAUUGUGUGUGACUAUCUGUAAUAUUUACUCGUUCCUUUUCUUCUCCUUGUCCUCACACGGUCACCUUCAGAAAGCUUGCACUGGAUGUUUUUUGCGGUUGUGAUUGAACAUUAUUGUUUUGGGAACCUGUAACCAAAUGCUUUGAUUGUUUCGUAUAAAUGUUCGACUGAGUCUCCUAUGAACUGUUGCGGUUUGUAGCGUAUGAGUGUGACCGUGAUCUGAGGUCAAUAGUUAAGGGAAAACUUUGUUAUUCACUGGUAAACUAACCACUUUAGUUCUCAAGCGUGCACUUUAAAGCAUGUAAGCUCGUGGGCUUGAUGCAAGUAGAUUUAAAGCAGUUGUGAUAUCAUUUUAAACACAGCUGGCGCUGGAUAUGAUGCUUUAAUGGAAAUAAGAUAAUUGUCACCUGUCUUGAUGAUUUUAUUUUGAAUGUAGUGUGUUUUGUUUUUGGAUAAAAUAAAUGACUGUCCUUUUAA